GGUAAAGCUCCAGAUGGCUCUGGAACUUGUGAGGAAAGAGCUGGAGGAUGCCUUGACUCAGGAGGCCAGUGUGGGGAAAAAGACUGUCAUUUGGAAGGAGAAAGUGGAAAUGCAGAGGCAGCGCUUCAGGUUGGAGUUUGAGAAGCAUCGUGGCUUUCUGGCCCAGGAGGAGCAACUGCAGCUAAGGCGGCUGGAGGCGGAGGAGCGAGCGACGCUGCAGAGACUGCGGGAGAGUAAGAGCCGGCUGGUCCAGCAGAGCAAGGCCCUGAAGGAGCUGGCAGAUGAGCUGCAGGAGAGGUGCCAGCGCCAGGCCCUGGGUCUGCUGGAGGGUGUGAGAGGAGUCCUGAGCAGAAGUAAGGCCGUCACAAGGCUGGAAGCGGAGAGCAUCCCCAUGGAACUGAAGACAGCGUGCCGCAUCCCUGGGAGGAGGGAACUGUUGAGGAAGUUCCAAGUGGAUGUAAAGCUGGAUCCCGCCACGGCGCACCCGAGUCUGCUCUUGACCGCCGACCUGCGCAGUGUGCAGGAUGGAGAACUGUGGAGGGAUGUCCCCAGCAACCCUGAGCGAUUUGACACGUGGCCCUGCAUCCUGGGUUUGCAGAGCUUCUCAUCUGGGAGGCAUUACUGGGAGGUUCUGGUGGAAGAAAGAGCAGAGUGGGGUUUAGGGGUCUGUCAAGACACACUGCCGAGAAAGGGGGAAACCACACCGUCUCCUGAGAACGGGGUCUGGGCCCUGUGGCUGCUGAAGGGGAAUGAGUACAUGGUCCUUGCCUCCUCGUCGGUGCCUCUUCUCCUACUGGAAAGUCCUCGCUGCAUUGGGAUAUUCUUGGACUAUGAAGCCGGUGAAAUCUCAUUCUACAACGUCACCAAUGGAUCUUAUAUCUACACAUUCAACCAACUCUUCUCUGGUCGUCUUCGGCCUUACUUUUUCAUCUGCGAUGCAACUCCUCUUAUCUUGCCACCCAUGACAGUAGCAGAGUCGGGAAACUGGGCAUCCAGGGACCAUGUAGAUCCUGCUUCUGAUGUAAGAGAUGAUCAUCUCUAAAAUUCUGUUCCCAAGAUGCAGUCCCAGCCUAGCCAGCGUUCCUGGAGUGGGGUGAAGGGUAUCAAUAUACUAAGUUUUAACAGACACCCCCACUUAGGUCAGCACUUGAUUCCUUGUUGCUGUGAAAUAUUUCCGUGGGACAAAAGAGGGAAUACGCAAUAUUUGCAUAUGGGAAGAUUAUAGAGCAUAAUAAUUUUAUAAAUGCAGCAAUCUCAACCUCUAUUUCUAGAUCACAUUUUCUUGAUGAGUCUUCCUUCAAAUUAAUGACCUUGGAUUACAUAAGGAUUUCUAUACCUUCAUUAUAAUUUGUUAUUCCUUUCAACAUCCUUGUAUUCCAAAUCUUCCAUAUAAGAAUUAGACAUGGUAGUUCUUAAACUGAUUCAGAAUGGUCUGAUACUAUUCCAGUAUUCCAGUAUCACAUCCAUACUUCUGUUUCUCCUCCUUUUCCUGAUUUUUCUUCUCAUUCUCUCCUUCCCCCCUCUCUCUCUCAUUCCCUGUCACUCUCUCUCUGUCUCUCUCUUGUUCCUUAUUUUUUGUUUCUUACCUCUUACUCUUUAACCUGUUGCUUCCUUCUAGAUUAAUACAUUUAGAGCCAUUCCUUUAUACAGUCACAUUUCCUAUGACUUUACUCAAUAACUUUUAAAGUCCUUUUUAUUCUGGGACUGAUUUUUAAGAAUUACAAAGCUCGUUCCUCUGAAUCUAAUAUCACUGACUGCUAGACUUUUUCCUUGUCUUUGGAUACCCUUUAGGAAUUUAUCAGAAUUUUCAUUCAACUCGUUCUUUAACGUAGAUAUUUAUUAGUUUUAAGACCUUAAGGCUGGGCGCAGUGACUCAUGCCUGUAAUCCCAGCACUUUGGGAGGCUGAGGUGGGUGGAUCACAACCUCAGGAGUUCGAGACCAGCCUGGCCAAUAGGUAAAACUCUGUCUCUGCUUAAAAAACAAACAAACAAACAAAAAUUAGCUGGGUGUGGUGGCAGGAGCCUGUAAUCCCAGCUAUUCGGGAGGCUGAGACAGGAGAAUUGCUUGAACCCUGGAGGCAGAGGUUGCAGUGAGCCGAGAUCGCACCACUGUACUCCAGCCCAGUGCGAGACUCCGUCUCAAAAAAAAAAAAAAAAAAAAAAGACCUCAAACAACACUUCUCUCUCUCUUUUAGCUGCUUGUUAUGCUUCCCAUACGUGGAACAAUUGUACUGGCCUCGCAGUGGUAUGGUAAAUAUUUAAGGUCAUAUUUGAUAUUGCUGGUUUGAAUUCAGCUUUUCCAUUUAAAUACAUUAUAAUAAUGAUGAAAUGAUGAUAAUAUUUAACUUAUUUUUAAAGUAUAUUCUAUACCUUUCCAACAGAAGUUUUAAAAGUCAUUGAAGGCUAACCUUGCUGCCCUCUUUGUAUCACUGUCUUCUAAUAAUUGUUAUGGCCGGGCGUGGUGGCUCAAGCCUGUAAUCCCAGCACUUUGGGAGGCCGAGGUGGGCGGAUCAUGAGGUCAGGAGAUCGAGACCACGGUGAAACCCCGUCUCUACUAAAAAAAUACAAAAAAUUAGCUGGGCGAGAUGGCGGGCGCCUGUAGUCCCAGCUACUCGGGAGGCUGAGGCAGGAGAAUGGCGUAAACCCGGGAGGCGGAGCUUGCAGUGAGCUGAGAUCCGGCCACUGCACUCCAGUCUGGGCGAAGAGCGAGACUCCGUCUCAAAAAAAAAAAAAAAAAAAAAAAAAAAAAAUAAUAAUAAUAA